CCUGGCGGAGGGGCCAAGAUGGCGCCCGACUCGAGCAGGAAAUCCUGUCGGCAGACCCAGGAACGGGAAGGCCGCCGCUUGUCCAGCGGAAGCAGCGGUGUGGCAACGGCGGCGGCUGAGGCAGGACGGAGAGAGGUGAAGCCACGGCGGCACUUGUUGCCGCCGGGAUGGCUGCUUCUUUCGUUGGGGCUUGGUCGCUUCUCAGGUUGCUGUACUCUUUGGCUAUCCCUGCACUAAUACUUAGUGGAGUUCUGUGUAUUUGUCUGCUCCUGUUCCUGUGGGGUGUACGGCUGUGGCUCCAACAAAGGAAAAACAAGUUAAUCCCCCCAGGGAAAGAUGGAAAAAGUCCAUGUGUGGUUGCAUUUUUUCAUCCAUAUUGUAAUGCAGGUGGUGGAGGGGAGAGAGUCUUAUGGAGUGCUCUACGAGCUGUACAGAAUAAGUACAAAGAUGUGUCCUAUAUUAUCUACACUGGUGAUACUGAUGUCACAGCUGAGAAUAUUCUCCAAGGUGCUUACAGGCGAUUUAACAUCAGAUUAAAUCAACCAGUAAAGUUUGUGUUUUUGAAGAAGCGCUACCUUGUAGAAGCUUCCCUUUACCCCUAUUUCACUCUGCUGGGACAGAGCUUAGGGUCAGUGGUUCUGGGCUGGGAAGCUCUUGUGAAAUGUGUUCCUGAUGUUUACAUAGACUCCAUGGGUUAUGCCUUCACGCUGCCUCUCUUUAAAUAUUUAGGAGGCUGUCGAGUAGGAUGCUAUGUUCACUACCCUACCAUCAGUACUGAUAUGCUUUCUGUGGUUAAGAAUCAGAAUGCCAGAUUUAAUAAUGCUACCAUCAUUGCAAAAAAUCCCUUGUUAAGUAAAUUGAAACUUGUGUAUUAUUAUCUUUUUGCAUUUGCAUAUGGGUUAGUUGGGUCUUGUGCUGAUGUUGUCAUGGUUAAUUCUUCAUGGACACUUGGUCACAUUGUUUCUCUUUGGCGCUGUGGCCUGUACCCAAACAUUGUAUAUCCACCUUGUGAUGUUCAAGCAUUCCUGGAUAUUCCUCUGUGCAAGGAAAAGAGCACUACAGAGCAUACUAUUGUUUCAGUAAGCCAGUUCAGGCCAGAGAAGGACCACCCUUUGCAGAUCAGAGCCUUUGCUAAGAUGUUGGAGAAGAUUGCAGGGCAGCAGCCGCUUCCAAAACUUAUUUUAAUUGGGGGCUGCCGUAACCAAGAAGAUGAUCAACGUGUAAAUGAACUUAAAAAGCUCUGUCAAGAACUGGGUGUUGAGAAAAGGGUGGAAUUCAAGGUUAACAUUCCAUUUGAAGAGCUGAAGACUCAUCUAGGAAAUGCAACUAUUGGUCUUCACACCAUGUGGAACGAACAUUUUGGAAUUGGAAUUGUCGAAUGCAUGGCAGCAGGCACAAUUAUACUUGCUCACAACUCUGGAGGCCCCAAACUGGACAUUGUGGUGCUCUAUGAAGGGGGUAUUACUGGAUUUCUAUCAGAAAAUGAAGAGGACUACGCAGAUACUAUGGCUCAUAUAUUUUCAUUGUCUCCUGCGAAAAGACUGGAGAUCAGGCAAAAUGCUCGUCAAUCUGUAAAGAGAUUUGCUGAACAAGAAUUUGAAAAAGCAUUCCUAUUAUCAGUGGAACAAUUGUUUAAAUAAAGUUAUUUAUGUGUUCAGA